AUGAUGGACAACAUUUUCGACAACGACAGCCAGGUCUUGAACAACGACGUCUCGUUGUUCGACUUCAACGACGACGCCUUCAUGAACUUCACUGACGAGAUUUCGGAAGAGAUCUCGGAAGCCAGCUUGUUCUCCUCGCUCGACAACGCUACAGAAGCCAAUGUGGCCGAAGACCACUGCUACGGUGCCUACGAGGUGGGGGCUUCACCGAUAAGCUCGGAAGGUUCGUCUCCAUCCUCAUCCAGCUCCAUGGGCGUCUCGAAUGUGGAUUCUGACUACUGUUCUCCAGGGGGAUCGUUCCCCAACGAGAGUCCCGUAUACGAAGAUGUAAAGACAAUCAAAUACGAACAUGACUACGGCUAUGUGGAGCCACAACAAGUCACCAAGAUCGUGAGAGUUCAGAAUAAGCGACAGAUUCCGAAGGUUACAAAUGCUACUCAACGGGGACGGCUCAGUUUCAGUAAGUUUGUUUAAAAUUUUGAUAAAAAUGUUUUUAAAGUUUUAAAAUUUAAAAACAACUUUGUAUGAGUGUUUCGAAUCUAGUUUAAAAUAUUUUUUGCUAAAAAAGUUGAUUUUCAAAAUGUAGCAGUGAGUUUUAAACAUUUGUUACCCAAACCAUCGAUAACGGUUAUGGUUUGCACGGAUCGGUUUUUGAUCUAAAAGGACAUCUUCCUUUAAGUGCCAUGUCUUGCUUGUCACAAAAUCAACUGACUUAAAGGAUUUUUUCCCUUUUUACACCGCUCAAAAUACUUUCGAAGGCCGUUGCGCAAUCUUCACAGCCCUUUUGUAGGUCAAUGUCAGCGAUUGUUUUUGGGUAAACUUGUCUAAUUUACUCCAAAAUUGUUUAAAUUUGUCGCAUUUUUGAAAAAGCAAUUUGAAUUUUUAAAAAUUUUGGCGAUUGAACAAUUUUUGGUAUAUUAACUAACUACCUUUUUUUAAAAAUUUUUAAGGAUUUUUUGAGAUUUUAAAGUUAAAAAUAUGUUUUUAAGAAGUAAUGCACAUUUCGAACUCAUUUUAUAUAAAAAAAUUAAAUUUGAGGCUGUUAAGUUUUUAAAAAAUCAAAAACUUUUAUUUUUAUUACCUAAAAUACGAAAAAACCGCAAAAGACGUCGGAAUGCAAAUUGGCCUAAUCCACAAACAAGCUGACACAUUUCGGCCAUGUUUACAAUGGGUUUAAGAUACGUCGGGGUCAGAGUUUAACCAGACAAAGAGUGCAAAAUCCUUUAUUUACGUCGGUUGCGCAACGCUUUUGUAGCCGGCGGUGCGAACUUGUACCGGCUGGCUGACCGUCCGAUUUCUCGUUUUAAAGGAUCCGCGCGCUCUCAAAAAAGAAAAUUAUUAAGUGUAAGAUUACUCAAAAUGACACAGUUAACCUAUCCUUGAAAUCAACACUAACACAAGGUAAUAUUUAUGUUGGGAAUACAUGAUAUUGAUGACCUUACCUUUUUUUAAUAAAAAAUAAUGUUUUUGAUCCGAAAGUGGAUUUUUAUUGUUUUUUGUAAAAGCAUCAAAGUUCUAGGUCAAAGAUAGAAGAUAUAUAACUAGAAAAUUAAAAUUCAAUGUCAAUUUUAUGUUUGAUAUAGUUUACACUAAAAACUUUGUAAAUCAAUCAGAUAUCCGUUGAGUGAAGCAGAAGAUAUUGUUUAUAAGACUCAAACAUCCGCUGCACGUCUGUCUGAAAUGGGAAAUGACCAAUAGUGGCUUUUCGUUCGUUGCGAAUUGUUUUUAAAUUUUAUUUUAAUUUUUGCGUUGAAAUGUAACGAAAAGCCAGAAAAUUCCAUUUCCAAUUUUUGUUUUAUUUCAGACAGACGUGCGCUGGGAUUAAAAGUGCCACAACUUUUGUUUAUUCAGGUUUGGGAUUGUUUGUUUAGGCCAAUUCGGUGGUCGAGAUCCAUAAAGAGGAGGAUUGACAGCUCCCUUUAUCGCCACUUAAAGUUUGGGAAGAGACGGGCUAUAAUUAGUUUGAUUAACAAUCAUAAAAGACACACUAACGAUUUGAAACAUUCUGAACAGAAAAACUUGAAGUUAACAUUAAAAACUGAAAAAAUGUAUUCAAAUAUUAAAAAGUCACAGUAAAUUUAUAUUAACAUAGAUGACAGAAUAAAUAACUUUAAUCGGAGCUCUAACAACCCCAUUUCAGCACCACAAACGUUCCAGUACACGGACAGCGGCGAAGGCUAUAAACCAGUCCAACGCACUCAAACCCAGUCCAACAGCAACUUGGAUUCAGUCCAGUUCAGUCGAGUGCCUCCUAAUGUGAAUCCGGCCGAAAGACAGCGAAAGUAUCCGCCUCUGAUUCUGUCGGAGGAGGAGAAGCGACUGUGCAAGAAGGAGGGCAUCACUUUGCCCGACUGUUACCCAUUGACCAAGAUCGAGGAGAGGGAGCUGAAGAGAAUCAGAAGAAAGAUCAGGAACAAGAAGAGCGCUCAGACUAGCCGCAAGCGAAAACAGGCAUGUUUUAAUACACAGACUGUCUAAAAUAAGGUUUUCGCAAAGAGAAUGGCUUCAAAAACAUUUAUAAUAAGGUAGACCUUUAUACACUAAUUCGUUCUUUCACUAAUAAAAUAUUUUUUUCAGGACUACAUUGACGCCCUAGAGCAUCGUGUUGAGAGUUGCACCGACGAGAACAGAGAAUUGAAGCGUCAGAUCGACCUCCUGACCAAAGACAACCAGAACAUAACGGCCCAAUUGAGGAAGCUACAAGCCACCCUGACCGGAUCCUCCAAAAGAACCGCCCAAGCCAGCACUUGUCUAGCCGUCCUCCUUCUGUCAGCAUGCCUUCUGGUGAUGCCGAACAUGAACGGAGUCGGGAAACAGAAGAUGCUCGAAGCUACACUGGCCGAGAUCGAAGGUCCUCAGCUUGAAGAGACCGAGUCCAGAGGCCGCGGCACCAUCUCCGGCUCCAAUCAGUCGCUGACGUUGACCUGCGACAACGCCGUCAACGUCAACAACGCUUCUGGCUUCGGAAAAUCAAGAACUUUGGACGUCGCGAUUCCUGAAGAGCUUGGGAAUCUGGAGACACCGAUGAUAACAGAGAACUUCCUCGACUCCAGCCAGCUGGAGGAGAUCACUAUAGAAGAUUCUGACUUUGUGGACGAUGUGCCAGAAGUCAAAGAGACUCAACUUCAUCAUCAUGUUGCCACAAAGGAGUUCAGGGAUCAACACAGAGGAUAUCUGGCUCCACAACAAACUGUAAGUUUUUGUUUUACUUUGAUAGAAUUCAGGGUAUAGGCUUGUAUAAAAUUGGAAAUUGUUCUAACUGUUUAAAGGUCUAAUAUAAAGUAAUGUGGGAUCAAGUGUUUUUAAAUAAUGUUGUUUCAGGUCCGUCGUGUCGUGUUGUCCAACAACCGCGUGGUCAGAAAGCCAGAGGAACGCCAAUCGUACAUUCAACGUAACAUCCAACACGUCGCCUAUGACAAGAUGUCCAUGCCUCAGGUCGUGUACAUCUCGAACGGUGCUGACUCGCUAAAGAGGGCGGCCGAUCAACGUUACCAACGUAUCGUGUCCAAGAACCACGGCACGGUACGACUGGUGCCGGCCGCGCGUAUGAACAACACCAUGGUAUCCUAUGGUGAAUCAGACCCAAAGCGCGUCCGAUACUAUCAAUGA